GUAAUUACCGGGAAACUUCUUCUCCUUAUGGUAGCACGGGGAUGUUUUCUAUAGUAUUUUAGCCAUUAAAAAGUUGCGAUGCCGAAGAAGAAAGUCCCCAAAGUAAAGAGGGCGAAAGCCGGGAAAGGAAAGAAAGAAGGCAAACAUGAGUCAAAAGCGGACAAGGAGUCUGACAUCGAGAAAGCCAAGGCCAACGCUGCCCUGUGGGAGCUGAGGUUACAGGUCACCGAACAGUCGCUCGUGGAGUACCGCGAGGCUUGCCGCAAAUUGGCACGCGCAAACGAAGAGCUCACCGACCAACUGUAUCGCACGGAGAAGGACACAAUCGAUAUAACUUGCUUUUUGAAGAAACAAGAUGCAGCUAAAGCGGAGAAGAUUAACGCGUUGCAGAAAAGCCUCAGAAGUCAAGACGCACUUGCACGUGAAGAGCAAAACAAACUGGUUGAUGAUCACACAACUCAAAUCAAUGAGAUGAAGGAACAGUUCAGAAAGAAGUCCAGUGACUUUAACAUGAUCCAAGAUGGGAUGAAGACAAUUAAGGAGUUUCAGAAGAGGAAAGCCCAGAUGGAGCAGGAGCUCAGUGAUAUUAGAAACAACAUGGAUCUUACUGACAAGGAGCACAGGGAAAACCUGAACAAAGUGGAGUGCAAAUUCUUCAAAGAGAAGGAUCGCCUGGAGAGGGAAGCCGAGCGAAAGAUAGCCCUUGUGGUGGAGAGGGCCCACAAUGAAGCCAUUGUACAGUUGGACCAUGCCUCUCGCUCUGUGUUCAAGGAGAACGUCCGUCUCAAUGAAGCGCUGAAGUAUCACAUAAAAGAGGCGGAGGACCUGCACGUAUUGACAAAUUCAAUAGCUAAGGAAAAUACCUCCCUGAAACUGGACAAGAACACGUUUGAGUUGACGGUAAAGAAAAACGCAGCCGAGAUGGAGGCCCACAAAAAGGAGCUAUCUAAACUGAGGGCCAAGGUAGCUUCCCUGGAACAUGCCCUCGAGCUAAAAGCUGUGGACCCUGAGAGAGAUGAGAAGGAGAAGACCCUGGUCAGCACCCAGGCAAGCCAGGUAGAGUUGGAGAAGCUGCAGAAAGUGCUUUACAUGCGAGAGAGGGAACUGGGACACGUCAAGCGGCUGGCGAACACCAUUGUGGAUCAGCGCACAGAGCUGGAGCAGUUCUUCCACGAGGCACUGGCUCAGGUGAAGCAGGAGAUCAUGGCCAGCAGGGUGCAAUACAAAAAGGAGGCACUACAGGCUUAUAGCUGGAGGCUGAAAGAAGCCACAGCAGGAAAACUAAAGUUCCCACCUAUCCGCACCUUUCAUAAAGGGCCCCACAGUACCAACUCUGUCUAUUCAGACAUGGAGGCGGCUGCAAGGUGGACUCAUCCACCAGACAGCAAAGUUGAAAUCUCAGAUCUCACUUGGGAGCAGAAGGAGCAAGUGCUCCGGCUUCUCUUUGCUAAAAUGAAUGGACAGAGAGAAAGGAAAGCCAACCAACAUCUGGCUUUGUCUGCCUCCUCUGAGAAGAAGAGCCUUAUUGACAGCGAUGCUGCAGGGAUUAGAGAGGAACUCUCCCGGGCGACCUUUCUCACCCAGGAGCCUGAGCCCGUUCUGCCCUCGAACCUAAACAGCCUGCCGGAUAUAAACACCACAUGACCUCCCUGUGGCCUCUACAUUGCACAUCACACUCUGGA